UCGUCUUUAACCAUGAAAAACAGAGUCCCGAUCCCGAUACUCACCGGACACCAGUGGAUCUUCUUCUGGCGCAGUGUGGAGCAGCAGCCAGGAUGAUCCCAGUGGGUGAAUUCAGAAACCUCGGCGCAGAGCUGAACUCAAAGUAUCGGGUCUUGAAACCAUGGUGGGAUGUUUUCUCAGAGUACCUGUGCAUUGUUAUGCUAAUGAUUGGAGUGUUUGGGUGCACCUUGCAGCUAACCCAAGACAAGAUUUCUUGCCUGCCCAGUCACUUCACCAGCCCAACGCCCGAGGUAAUCGACUGCAGCCACAUCCGAACCUACAGGGAGAAUGACACGUUGCAGCACACGCUGGUCAAACCUGCGAGCCCCAUCAUCCAGGAGGUGUUUGGCCGCAAGAACAAUCUGGACAUCCACCAAUACGUGUUUGUCAACCACUAUUGCUAUGAGAGGUUUGUCCACUGGUAUGCUAAGUACUUCCCAUACCUCGUUGUGAUCCACACUGUGAUUUUCAUGGUAGCAAGCAGCUUCUGGUUCAAGUUCCCUGGGACAUCUUCUAAAAUUGACCUCUUUGUGACAAUCCUCGGGAAGUGUUUUGAUUCACCAUGGACCACAAGGGCCCUGAGUGAAGUUUCUGAGGAAAGGGGAGAGGAGAAACUGGUUAGCUGGAGAAGGAAUACCAUCUCAAAUUAUCCCACAGAGCGACGAGCAGAUGAGGAGGAGACUGUGGGGCUUCUUCAAUCCGCUACUAUCAAGUCUAAUCCAGAAAAGAAGCCAGAGUCUCAGUCGGCCCCAUCUGUCUUAGAUAAGAAGGAAGGAGAGCAGGCCAAAGCUCUGUUUGAAAAGGUGAAGAAGUUCAGGACUCAUGUAGAGGAGGCAGACAUCUUGUAUGUCAUGCAUGUGCUACAAACAUCACUGAAGGUCUUCAAGUUCCUUGUAAUCAUUAUCUACACUGCAGUGCUGGUACCGAACAUUGAGAUAGUAGUGCGCUGUUUUGUUCCUCCUGAGCUGACUGGUUUUGAUAUCUAUUGCUGUAACCACACCAAAGCCCAUCUUUUCUCCAAGCUUGCCUAUUGCUAUAUCUGCUUCGUGGGAGUGUAUGGACUUCUGUGCAUCUACACCCUCUACUGGCUUUUCCAUCGGCCUCUGAAGGAGUACUCCUUUGAGCAGGUCAGACUAGAAACAGGUAUUAACGACAUACCAGAUGUAAAGAAUGACUUUGCGUUCCUCCUGCACCUUGUGGACCAAUAUGAUGCCCUUUACUCUAAAAGAUUUGCAGUCUUUCUUUCUGAGGUUAGUGAGAGUCGUCUGCAUCAGCUCAACCUCAACCAUGAGUGGACUGCCAAAAAGCUGCGCACCCGUCUUUCCAAGAACACCAAUAACCAGUUGGAGCUCCACCUGUUAAUGUUACCGGGGCUUCCUGACACAGUCUUUGAGAUCUCUGAAGUGGAAUCACUCAAACUGGAGCAAGUUAAAAACGUCACCAUCUCACAUAGUGUGGCAAAGCUAGAAUCUCUUCGGGAGUUAUCACUGAUCUUCUGCCCUGCAAAGCUCCAGCUGCCUGCCCUGAACCACCUCAAGGAACAUUUAAAGGCCCUGCGCCUAGCUUUUGAAAGUUUAGAAGAAGUGCCUAUUUGGAUGUACACCCUCCAUGGCCUGGAGGAGUUACAUCUGAAUGGUCCUUUAACCAAUGAGGUGUCCAGAAGUGCCACUCUGGACUCCCUCCGAGGGCUUAGAGCUCUCAGAGUUCUCAGCCUCCGCUCCAACCUUACAAAGAUCCCACCCAGUAUAGGGGAUGUAGCGUUGCAGCUGCAGAAGUUGUCCAUCUAUAACGAAGGUGUCAAGAUCCAAGCGUUUAGUAGCCUGAAGAAGUUAACCAACCUGGUCUCACUGGAGUUAGUGGGCUGUGAGUUGGAGCGCAUCCCAAGUGCUGUCUUCAGCCUGGACAAUCUGCAGGAGUUGGACCUGAAAGAAAACAAACUGACCACUGUGGAGGAGAUUCUGAGCUUACAACACUGCCGCCGCUUAGUGACGCUCCGACUGUGGCACAACAAAAUCACCUACAUCCCUGAUCACAUCAGUAAGCUGCACUCUAUAGAGACGCUGGACAUUAGCUGGAACAAGCUACAAAAGCUUCCAUCUCGACUGUUUUAUUGCACCAAGCUCAGGCACCUUGAUGUCUCCCACAACCAGCUCACCUCUCUACCUCCUGAGGUGGGCAUCCCACAGGGCCUCCAAUUCCUCUCCGCUGCUUUCAACUCUUUAGAGAUGGUGCCAGAGGAGCUGUUCUCCUGUAAAAAGCUAAAAACUUUGGCUCUUGGAAACAACUGCCUGUCGUAUCUUAGCUCCAGAGUGGCCAACCUGGUCCAGCUGGUCCGGCUGGAGAUUAAAGGGAACCGCCUGGAGUCUCUGCCUCUGGAGAUUGGGGACUGUCCCCUGCUGACUGACAGUGGGUUGAUAGUAGAAGAGAGCCUGCUCGAUCUGCUGCCAUCAGAUGUACGAGGCAGGCUGAACAAAAGCUAAUUUUGUAGAGCUAAUGGACUCAUCUUUUCUCAGUGUAAUGUGGUGCGCAAUGUUGGUCUGACUUGCACAGAGUAUUGAUCCAUGGUAUUAGAGGGAAUGCAGAACAAAAGGAAAACCAUAACCAAACCCAUAACUGACCCCAAAAGAAACUAAACAUAUAUACACAAUCAGUCAUCAUUAAAUGUGUUCCAAUCUGUGUCAGUGCGUAAUUAAUCAACUUGCACAUGUUAUUGUACGCAUUUUCUUAAAAAUACAAUUUUUAAAAAAAUUUUUUUACCAAGUUCAUAGAUGUCCUGUAAAUACAUUGCUGCAUUUAUUUUUACAAAACUGAAUUAAUGUAAAGUUUAACAAGGAUUUUUAUAGAUGCAGGAUCAGAAUACUGUUAUGUGUGGAUAAGACAAGCACUCAACACUUCAUCAGGGUGAAAGCAAGGGCCUUCAAAUUGCUACUAUUAUCACUCAGAGUUUUGUUUACUGAAUAUUUUGUGGGUUCUUCAGAGUAACAGUCAGGAGAUUUUUCUCCCUGUACUAUAUCCUGUUUGACAGGUUUAUACAGCAUGAAGAAGGGUUUCCACAGUGAGGCGGCUCACGUUGCGCCCUUUCAGGCACCAAACAAGUGGAGGAAGAAAAAGCCUUUCAGUAGCAGAAUAAUAGGUGUCCAUUCCUCUGUUCACACAUUCUGUCAAAUGGAGGAAAGACUGAAUUCAUGCAGGAUAUUAUGAAUCAGACAAAGGUCAAUUCAACAUGAUAUUCAGUGUGAAAAGCAGGACACAAUAAAUAAUCACUUACAGCGAGAAAGGAGACAAAAGUACUGUCUUUAAAAUACCUUUUGGAUGAGUAAUAUGUUGAGUACAGUGAUGCCUUUGGUAAUGGGUGAUACAGAGUAUUUUUCUUUUAACACACUAUGUAUGAAUUAAUGGCUUCCCAAGAAUUUCAAUUUUGCUUCCCUGUUUUAUUGUUACUACCUCUUUAUCACAAUUUUUCUUAACUUCUACAGUAAAAUAAGGGGAAAACAGGAUGUGAUUUCCAAAACACUGUUAUCCAAUUUAAGUAAUAAGAUGUAAAAUUACCGAACAAUAUGAUGUUUAUUUUGCACAUCAUAAACUAGUGCAAAUAAGUUUAGAGUGCCUUUUGAACACACAGAGACAAGGAAAUAAAAUGUCCUAAAAGUU